CCCGGCCCGGGGCAGGGCCGCCGGAGCCCCCCGAGCCCGCCCUGCGCCGCCUCUCCCGCCACCUCCUGGCGCACUACCAGAAGGGCACCCGGCCUGUGCGGGACUGGCGAACGACCACCACCGUGGCCAUCGACCUCAUGGUCUAUGCCAUCCUCAGCGUGGAUGAGAAGGACCAGGUGCUGACCACCUAUAUCUGGUACAGGCAGCACUGGACAGAUGAGUUCCUCAAGUGGGACCCAGCUCACUUCGACAACCUGACGCAGAUCUCCCUCCCUGUGGAGAGCAUCUGGGUGCCCGACAUCCUCAUCAAUGAGUUCGUGGAUGUUGGAAAGUCCCCACACGUCCCCUACGUUUACGUCAGCCAUCACGGGGAGGUGCAGAACCUCAAACCCAUCCAGGUGAUGACAGCCUGCAGCCUGGACAUCUACAACUUCCCCUUCGACGUGCAGAACUGCUCUCUCACCUUCACCAGCUGGCUGCACCACAUUCGCGAUAUCAACCUCUCGCUGUGGCGCCAGCCGGAGCUCGUCAAGUUCGACCGGAGUGUCUUCAUGAACCAGGGCGAGUGGGAGCUGCUCUACGUGCUCAGCCACUUCCAGGAGUUCAGUGUCAAGAGCAGUGACAGCUAUGCUGAGAUGAAGUUCUAUGUAGUGAUCCGGAGACGCCCCCUCUUCUACACCGUCAGCCUGCUGCUCCCCAGCAUCUUCCUGAUGCUUAUGGACAUUGUGGGCUUCUACCUACCUCCCCACAGUGGGGAGAGGGUCUCUUUCAAGAUCACUCUCCUGCUGGGCUACUCGGUUUUCCUCAUUAUUGUAUCCGACACAUUGCCAGCCACUGCCGUCGGCACCCCGUUGAUAGGCAUCUACUUUGUGGUGUGCAUGGCACUGCUCGUCAUCAGCCUGACAGAGACCAUCCUGAUUGUGUGUCUGGUACACAAGCAAGACCUGCAGCCCCACGUCCCUGAGUGGCUGAAACACCUGCUGCUGGAACGAGCCACCAUCCUGCUCUGUAUCCGGGACAGGAAGAAAUUCAGCCAAAGCAGGAUGCAAACCUUGGACACGUCCAGGCAGGUGGAGAACAAUGACAGCACAGCCAAGCCGACCCCCUAUGUCUGUGAGGACCCUCGGGAGCGCGGGGCAGGGGGGGGCACGAGGCCUGCUGUGGCCUUUGCUGGCCGGCCCGAGGGCUCAGCAGCACUGCAGGAGGUCCUGCGUGAGACCACGGCAAUCCGCCAGCUCCUGGAGAAACGGGAGGAGUUCCGCGACCUCGCCCGCGACUGGCUGCAAGUGGGCUACGUGCUGGAUGUGCUGCUGUUCCGGGUGUACCUGGCAGCCGUCCUGGCCUACAGCAUCACGCUGGGCACCCUCUGGUCGGUGUGGAGGGAUGCCUGAGCAGUGCCCGUUGCUCAGGGCGGGAGAUGGGGGACCUCACUCUGGUGGGUUCUCCCUGGCUCUGGGACUCGCCAGUGUCUGUCGACCCAGGCGGGCGCAUCCCUCACGUCCCUCAGCUCCGCAGCGGGAAGGCGGAGCUGAGCAGGAGCCCCCAGGACCUCAUGACCCUGCCCAAACCUCUCUCCGCGCUUCCCCUGCCGGCCCCGGGAGCGCCUCCGGCCCGGCCCGGCCCCGGCCGCGGCUUCAGCACCGCGGACAGCGGCCCCGCCGCCCGGCCCCGCCGCCUCCCGACCGGGGUCCCCGGCAUCGGGUGGGGUCCCCCCUGCCUUGGGGGAUCCCCACCGCCGCAGGGGUCCCGCUGCCCUCGGCUGCCCUACCCCUGACCCCGGCUGCUGCCUUUAUGUCGUACCCCCGGCCCCGGGCAUGCCUGCCCAGCAGAUCCCCCAUGCUUUUGCUCAGCAGUUUCAGCAAAGUGGGAGAGACCCCGCGUCCGGCCGCGGCCAGACCCGGAUGGCAACGGGACUGGCUCCGUGAGCACGCGGUACGGGGCGAGAUGCGGGGGCAGCACUGCCAUCACAGCUGCAGCAGGUCCCAGCUCCCGCUGCCAUCUGCCCCUGCAAGGACAGACACAAGGCGAGAAGCGCCGCAGAUACCAUAAGGGCCCAUCCCAUGUUCUAGGAGCAUCCCUGCAUAUGCCGGUGAUGGGGGACAGGUGGGUUGACACCACCUGGCUCUCCUACAUCUGCCCUCAAACCCACCAGCCCUAGAGCAAGACUCCCACUCACCAUCUCAGAGCCAUCACCUGCAGGAAAACUCACCCCUGAGUGACGGGGGCUGAGGACGGGUGCAGCGGGCUCCUGCCAGCGCCGGCCGUACUAAUGCGCUGAUGGUCUGUAAGUGGCUGCCUAUUGAUGAGGUGUCCAGUUAAAGAGUUCGUGAGACACUAAAUCAGCCCAUUGAUCCUGCCGAGAUCGAUGGUGCUACAGACCUGAUCAGUGCAGCGGGCAAUUAACACCCUCUGGAAUGAGCUGCCUUCGUGUAACAUCAAACGCUCCAGCAGACAAAUCCAAUGGGGCCAUUGACCCGGGUGUGCGAUGCCACCCAGCCCAUGUGUUUGACGAGGGUACUGGGCAGCAAGACUCCUGAGCCAGCCUUGCCAUCUCUCUCCUGCCCACCGUGACCCUGAUGUCCCCCAAGGCUGCACUGCAAGAUGCUCAUCUGUGCUGCUGUAUCCCUGUAUCCCAUUGAAUGUUUUAGUCCUCAUCCUCCCUGUGCUAGGAAGCCAUCAUGCACCCAACCUAACCCCCUCAAGAAGCAGCCCUUUGCCCUGGAAGGAGAGGCUGCCUGUCCUGGAGGAAAGAUUGAUUCUCCCCUUGCCCUCUUGCUACUUUGGGAAGUGCUGCAUGUGGGAAAAAGUUCCAGGCAUCUGAGAGAAGCCUGGAUUUUCCUCUUUAAAAAAAAAAAAUCAAUAAAUCUGAAUCUAAUCUCCUAAUAAAGGUUU